ACUAACCUCUGUUUCCGCUUCCGGGCGCGCCGCUGACUGUGCGUGUUAGCAACGGCCGAGUGAGGCGGGAGCGGCGGUCGUUGAGGCUGAAAAGGAACGAACCGACCAGCGAGCGAUGGGGGCCAGCGGAGAAGAUGGGACCGAUAGCGAGGAGCGCUUCGAUGGCAUGUUGCUAGCUAUGGCCCAGCAACACCAGGGCGGCGUGCGGGAGCUUGUGGACACCUUCUUCAGCUUCUUGAGGCGCAAAACUGAUUUCUUUGUAGGAGGAGAAGAGGGUGCCGCUGAGAAGUUAAUCACAGAGACAUUCAGCCACCACAACAAACUGGCACAGAAGGCACAAAAAGAGAAGAAGGCCCGUCAAGAGGUAGAACAGCAGGAAAAAGCAGAGCGUGCUGCUAAGCUUGCUAAAGAAGUGAAACAGGAAGACAGUGAGCCCAGGAUAAAGGAGCUAACUGAUGAAGAGGCAGAAAGGUUGCAACUGGAAAUUGACCAGAAAAAAGAGAAGAAAGAAAAUGAAGCCCCGGAUGUCCCCGCCAAAUCUGCUGAGAAUCCAGUGGAAGCUCCAGACUCCAGCAAGCAGGAUACAGAUGAGGAGGAAGAAGAUGAGAAGGACAAAGGCAAGCUUAAACCAAACUCUGGGAAUGGGGCGGACCUUCCAAAUUACAGGUGGACGCAGACUCUCUCUGAACUGGAUCUUGCCAUCCCAUUUAAAGUCAGCUUCAGACUGAAGGGGAAGGAUAUGUUGGUCGACAUACAGAGACGUCACCUGAAGGUGGGACUGAAGGGCCAUCCUCCUGUGAUUGAUGGAGAUUUAUACAACGAGGUGAAGGUGGAGGAGAGUUCAUGGCUGAUUGAGGAUGGAAAAAUAGUCACUGUGCACUUGGAGAAGAUCAACAAGAUGGAAUGGUGGAACAAGUUAGUCCAAACAGACCCAGAGAUUAACACCAAGAAAAUUAACCCAGAGAACUCAAAAUUAUCAGACCUGGACAGUGAAACACGGAGCAUGGUGGAGAAAAUGAUGUAUGACCAACGGCAGAAAUCAAUGGGGCUUCCCACAUCUGAUGAGCAGAAGAAGCAGGACAUUCUGAAAAAGUUCAUGGAACAGCAUCCAGAAAUGGAUUUCUCAAAAGCAAAAUUCAACUGAAAUGGCCUCUUUCUCCCCUCCCCCAAACUUAUUAAGAUAACAUAAAAACGAAAAAGCCAAGCAGGACAGUGUGGAUAUUCAGUCCCUUCCCCUCCAAAGCCUUGGGGUGCUGUGACUGCUCAUAUCACAUCAGAGUGAGCUCUCUGCGUAAGAAGAACUCUUAGUUAAUCCAUGUAGUGCACUGCUUAGUCUUGCAGAUUUUCAGCAGCAGUAUCAAUCACCUGAAGCCUGUUUUACCUCUGCAUAGGGAAGAAUAUUUCAGGGACACAGGAAAAGGGGGUUUCAUAAUGGAAUCGUAGAUUGUCCCUUGGCUGUUGCUUAGUGUCUAGGAACUAUCAUUUUAAAUAUACUCAUUUAAGGAGCAGGAGAGACACACGGCCUUGAUCAUCCUCUACUCUCCCAGCUCCUUCUCUUGAAACGAGAGCUGGAAGUCCUCAUCUCACUCCCUCUAACGCUCCUUCUCCAAACCAAGCAACUCCUGCAGGACACUAAUCAGUGCAGCAAUACUGAGAGCGGUUCCCGACAUGCUUCAUGAAGCAUCCAUGUAUCUGCUUUUGUCAAACUUUCUAUAACCUCUAAUGUUACUCCAGCAUUGGAAGUGUAAGUUCAGAAGCUUGGAGGCACAAAAGGGGAUAGAUUGCCUUGAAUCUGUGUUUAGUUUUUUGGAUGAAGGGAUAUUAAACUGUUUAGGCCACAUAAGAAUUUGCUGUAUUGGCCCUACUUCUCAUUAUCCCACGUGGAUCUGUCCCAUUUCAGAGCUUCAGUGGUACUUAUUCGCUCUAGGUAGAUGUUUUUAUUCUUCAAAAUUAUUUUCUGAUGUGAUACUGCUGGUGAUUUGGCCUUACAAAACCAGUAUUUAGGAAUAUGUAGGGACUGUUAAAUGGCCGAUUACAUCAAAAAGUUUGAUUUGCUUAGAAACAGCAUCUAAGAUACAAUGAUCCAUAUGAACCGUGCAGGUGCAUUACGUUAACAGAAGCCAAGAUUUUUCUGCUGUCAGAUCUUUCGGAUGGCAGACAGAUCUCUGACUUGCUAGAGACCAGCUGCCCACCUCACUAGAGCUGUUCCAAAUACAUUCCCCUUUCAGCAUUGGACAUGGCAAGCAAGAGCCUUCUGCAUGUUCUCCUUUUUUGUUGUUGUUGCUUUAAAAACAGCUUGUAUUCUGCAUGGAUAAUUAAAAAGGUGAUGUUUUCA